AUGGCUAAGACAGAGGAAAACUUGAGAGACAAAACUAGAUGGAGCCUUGGAGGCAUGACCGCUCUCGUCACAGGUGGCUCGAAAGGCCUCGGGGAAGCUGUGGUGGAGGAACUCGCCAUGUUGGGAGCAAGGGUUCACACAUGUGCAAGAGACGAAACUCAGCUUGAAGAACGCUUACGUGAAUGGCAAGCAAAAGGGUUUCAUGUCACCACUUCUGUCUGCGACGUUUCAUCUCAUGACCAACGAGAGAAACUCAUGGAAACCGUUUCCUCUCUCUUCCAAGGAAAACUCAACAUCCUUGUAAGCAACGUGGGAACUUGUAUAACAAAGCCGACCACAGAGUAUACAGCACAUGAUUACUCAUUUCAGAUGGCUACAAAUCUCGAGUCAACUUUUCAUCUCUCACAGCUUGCACAUCCUUUGUUGAAAGCCUCUGGUUCAGGGAGCAUUGUACUCAUGUCCUCUGCUUCAGGGGUUGUGCAUAUCAAUGUUGGUUCCAUCUAUGGAGCAACUAAAGGAGCAAUGAAUCAGCUAGGAAGAAACUUAGCAUGCGAGUGGGCAAGUGACAACAUUAGGGUUAACUCUGUCUGUCCAUGGUUCAUAGCAACUCCUUUAGCUGACAAUUUUCUCAAUGAUGAAGACUUGAAAGAAGAAGUGGAGAAGAAAACACCAAUGGGACGAGUUGGUAAAGCAAACGAAGUCUCAUCGCUUGUGGCAUUUCUUUGUUUUCCGGCAGCUUCUUAUAUAACUGGUCAAACCAUUUGUGUUGAUGGAGGUUUCACUAUUAAUGGUUUCUCUUACAAGCCUCAGGGCUAAACCGUUUGUUUUCGUUUGAUGAUUCCUAAAGUUUUCUGAGUUUUUCUUUAUCAGUUCUUUCGAUAUAUCAAACUAUAGUUGAGUUAUGUAAG